GUGGUGACCUGGGGGAACACUCACCGCGGAGGCGACUGCCGGCGCGUGAAGGAAGAGCUGAGGAACGUGAAGCACAUCGAGGCAUCGCACACAGCCUUCGCCGCUUUGCGAAGUGAUGGGGUGGUGGUGACCUGGGGAAACUCCUUCCAUGGCGGGGACAGCCGACGCAUCCAGGAUCAGCUGACCGACGUGAGACGGAUUCAG